ACCCUCGUUCCGUUGUUGAAAGCCCACCACCGCUAGCAAGACCACACCCUGCCGUCCUUAACUUUCGGAAGGUAGUUGAAGAUCUAAAUGGAACCCUUACUUCAGAAAAUCCUAGUUGUAGGCGGAAAUGGAUUCGUUGGGUCCGCUGUCUGCAAAGCUGCCCUCGCACGAGGGAUGCAGGUGACAAGCAUUAGCUCGUCCGGUCGGCCAUACACGACACCUAAAGGCCAUUCUCCGGCCUGGACAUCCAAAGUGAAUUGGCAGGCAGCUGAUGCACUCAAGCCAGAGUCAUACGCACAUCUCUUGCCUGACAAGAGUGCUGUCGUACACACGCUGGGGACGUUAUUCGAGGACACGCGUUAUAAGAAUGCGUUGAAGGAGGGUAACUUGCCUGCGUUAUUCAGUGCUUUCAUCUCAGGGAGCGCGAAUUCGCGCUCUGAUACCAAUCCGCUCAAAGAGCCCAAGAAGGAUGGCAGUUAUGAGCUGUUGAAUAGAGAUUCCGCGUUACGUGUGUUGCGAACGUUCCUCGACACGCAACCUGAAGUUCCUCUGAACAACCCUCGUGCAUUCGUGUUUGUAUCUGCUGAAGACAUCUUCCGACCCUUCAUCUCCGCUCGCUACAUCGAAACCAAACGGGAGGCAGAGUUGGCUAUUACGGACAUGGUAGCAACGCGGCCAGACGUCCGUGAGGUGCUAAUCCGACCUAGUCUGAUUUACCACCCUCAUUUCCGGCCUCUGACGUCUCCCGUAGCGGCGUUGCUUGACUUUUCAGCAACGGUUCACUCUAGACUACCCCGAGGCCUCCCUACGCCUGCCGGAUUGCUCCGUUCUAUCGCCUCGAACACAAGUUCGAAGUCACAAGGUAUACAUGCAUCGUUGGUGCAGCCUUCGCCAUUAGAUGCGAUAGCGAACGCGAUGACGAUUCCACCCAUUCAUGUUGAUCACGUUGCCGAAGCUAUCUGUACUGCGGUCGAGAACGAAAGAUCGGAUGUGAGGGGUGUGUAUGAUGUACGAGGGAUGAGAGAACUGAUCGGUUGGCACGAAAAGGGACAAGUUCAUGAUUCUUCUCGUCCUCUUCAGCAUGUGUAGACUGAGUAGUAUUACCUACCCUUCAUUCCCUGGGCAUCUUAUAUUUUCUGUGGGAAUACGCUUGCAUUGUGUGAAGGUUCAAGUUUGCAAUGAUAGACUAUUGGAAGCUGUC